AUGGGUGUCUAUACAAAUCCAUACAAGGAUGCUCGAGUCUUUGCCACAAGAGUGGACAGAGACAAGGAAGUGUCAAAGGCAAUAAAAGACCUCGACAAUAUAUGUCUUCGGCGAUUCAUCAAACCAUCAAAUAAGAAGGCGCUUGAUAUAAAUGAAAAUGAAUACAAGCGGGUUGAGAACUUUCUGAAGCAGAUGUCUAAGAGACAGAAGGGGCUAUUAUAUGAGAUCCAUCGAUUGGUACGAGUGCUGGAGACGAAGCACUCAUCUGAAAGGGAAGUUCUGGAUCGUUGUUUUAAGAAUGCUAAUGAUCUUGAGCUAUUUAAGUUGACUAAACUGAAGAAUCAUGACCAGUGGAUCGAGGCGUUUUCAGACGUCAUGACACCUUGGGCGGAGUGGUUUGAGGAGACCGUAUCACACAGGGAUGAUAUAUACUAUUUGGAUGUAUUCUGGGAUGAAUUGCAAAAGUCAGAAUGCUUAUGGUACAUGCUAGAUGCAUGUUGUCUGGUUCAACAAUUAGAAAUAAUAGAUGGUCGUAUGCUAAAGUUUCUGGAGAUGUAUGAUAUUACACUUGCCAACAAUCCUUGGUAUGAACUUCAUGUAUCAGAUCGGCUAGUUCAGAAACUUUCGUGGAUUGGUGAAAUGGUUUACGUCGAACAACUAAUGGUUGGUUCUCUACGAAAUAUUUUGGAAGACUUUGUAAAGAAGGAGAAACUGAACGCGAUUGACGCUGAAACGAUAGUUCCACCACCGUUGCAAGCAGCCGCCAACAAAUCCUUUUGA